CUGCUCUGCCUGCACGGAGUGUUGUUGAACCAGAGAGCCUUAACUCAUGACUACUGUCACUAAAAUCAUGUCCAAGUUUCGUCUGGCGGUGGUCCAGAUGCGAGUGGGGGCCGUGAAGGCGGACAACCUGAGCAGAGCCCGGCGGCUGGUGCAGGAGGCGGCGGGGCAGGGCAGCAAGGUGGUGCUGCUGCCGGAAUGCUUCAACUCUCCAUAUGGGACCGGGUUCUUCUCCACGUACUCCGAGAAGAUUCCAGGAGAAUCCUCUCAGGUGCUGUCGGAGGCAGCGAAGGAGAAUGAGGUGUAUCUGGUGGGAGGAUCCAUCCCUGAAGAGGACGGGGGGAAGUUGUACAACAGCUGUACAGUGUUUGGUCCUGAUGGAAAGAUGAUUCUUAAACACAGGAAGAUUCACUUGUUCGACAUUGACGUUCCAGGGAAAAUCCGCUUCCAGGAGUCUGAAACGCUGAGCCCUGGAAACAGUUUUUCCGUGUUUGACACGCCUUUCUGUAAAGUGGGCGUGGGGAUCUGUUAUGACAUAAGGUUUGCAGAGCUGGCGCAGCUCUACAGCAGGAAAGGCUGUCAGCUGCUGGUUUACCCCGGCGCCUUCAACAUGACGACAGGCCCCGCCCACUGGGAGCUCCUCCAGAGGGGAAGGGCGCUUGAUAACCAAGUGUAUGUGGCCACAGCCUCGCCGGCCAGAGAUGAGACUGCAUCUUACGUGGCCUGGGGUCACAGCACCGUCGUAAACCCGUGGGGAGAAGUUAUCUCCAAGGCUGGAGCAGAGGAAACCAUCAUCUACGCUGAUAUUGACCUGCAGUACCUGGCCGACAUCCGGCAGCAGAUCCCGAUCACGUCUCAGCGCCGGGAGGACCUCUACACGGUGGCAUCCGUGCAGAAAGCAUCGUCCUGAACCCUGAAAAUUGGGUCCUGCUCUUUAUUGAUGUACUUGUGUUAAUUCUUAUCUGAUUCUCAGGUAACUUGGAAUGAUUUGACAUCUUAGAUAAAGUUAUUAUACACUUCAUUAAGCUGACGGGCUUGAUGCUGAUCUAGUUUGCGCCUGUAGGCAUCGGCCAAAGAGAAGCAGUAGGAGGGUGGUUAGAGGAGGCUGGUUCGAUCGGUCGAUCCAAUUUAGUACCAGCCAUCAAAUGAAGUAGGUGCGUCAGCCUCCAUGAACCGGGUCAGUCAGUUCAUGGACUCGAGUCUAAGUACUCUUUUUCACUGCUGUGCAGUCUGACGCUGUUUUCUGCCAAGUGUGUCCUGCAGCUUAAUAUUUGAUUAAUCUGUGUGCCUGAAAUAUAUGAGAUAUUUGAAUGAUAAAUGAAGUACCAUGUACUCUGGUCAGAAUCAAGGAGGCUUUGUUGACUGUUAAUGCGGCUGCAGAACUGGACUUCAGCACUAAUCCAGGUUUCUUUUAAACUAAAGCAUAACAUCCAGUCUUGUCGAAAAUGAAUUCAUCAACUACAUUGAUCUCCACAAACAGAAAGUGGGACCGUGCAAAGAUGAGGUGCGGAGGUACCAGUUCUGCAGCACAUCAUCUCCUCCCUGUGAAGCACAUGACGCUAAAUAACCGAGAGAAGACGUGUUAGAAUAUUCACAGUCAAAUAACGCUGAUUUGAGUGCAGUAAAACAGCUCACUUACAGAAGCUGUCUUCUUUGUGUGUUAAGUGGAAGAAUGAUGACAGAUUCAUGAAUUUAUCAUCUUUGGUCACGUUUUAAUGUGAAAUAAAUAAAUAAACCUUUAUGAAGCACCUUCCAGUUGUUUAUUUUUGGACUAUGUGCUCCAGAAGGAAGACUGAGUAAAUUAAAAUCAUUGCUGUGCAGCUGAAACUGGAACUAUUUAGCUCUGAUAAAACUUACAAAAACGUAUUUUAUAGUAUUUAAAGUCAAAGAGCAUUAACAUUUGUACUUUUAUGUUUUGUCAUUGAUCCAAACAGAUCUGUGAGAUCAAAAAGAGGCAUAUCUGGGUUUUUCAAUCUUUUUAUUAAAUUUUGAAAUAAAUCUAACCCUCUCUGUGAGGAAACAGUUAUUGCUCAAUGAAACAAUUGUAUCUCUCCACAUUACCUAUAUUUCCAUGGUUUGAACAAGUGUAUCUUUACAUAUCAGUCCAUGAUUUGUUCAUGCAAAAAGCCAGUAACAGUUUAUUGGGGUUUAUUACACAUCAGUUUCUUUUGGCUCCAGCUUCGUGGCCUCAGCGUCGUCCCUGUACGGACGUCGUCUUCUGUAUCCUGAUGAUGAAAAAUAUUCAUUAACAACAGUUGCAGCACUGCAGAUGAAGACUUUUUUUUGCACUUCUAAGUGCCUGGUUUGAGUACAUGUCCAGUCUGUAUAAAUUAGAUUUGAUCAUCCUGAAUAAUAAUAAUAGCUUUUAUGAGCCGCUGCCAUCUUUGGCUGCACUUUGCAAACAUCUUUAACCAGACUAUAUCAUACGUGAUUUGUAUUGGUAUUGUGAUCAUAUGUAUUCUGGAUAUCAUGUUUUUGCUGAUACCAAACAAAUCAUGUUUAUCCCUUCAAGUUUACUGGAUUUAAACAAAAAACACAUACCAGACCAGCUCCCUUUAAAAAAGAAAAAAAGUUACUAUUUCAUUUUUCCUGACAGGAAGCCACUCUUAAUGGAUCACUAAUUAUGAUCUACUUUCACUUUAGAAACAGAAUAUAUUAGGCUUGGGUUACAAUUGUGCAAGUGUCCUGUUCUUUGUAUAAAAAUGAGUGCAGUGGUUCUUUGUAGUAG